AUGGCCUCACAGCAACUUCCCCAGCUUAACAUCGAUCGAUAUGUUGUCAUCCAUGUUGCGACUACCUGCGACGAGCACGGCGUUUAUGUGACAAAAGACUCGGCCGAAGUAAUUGAGCUUGGUUGGAUCCUGGUCGACGCAAACUCACUUGAGGAGAUUACGCAUGAGAGCGUCCUUGUCAAACCCGUCAAUACUCCAAUUACGCCCCUCUGUACCAGCCUGACAACCUUGACUUGGGAGCAUGUUCGAAACGCUGGUACCUUUAGAGACGCUAUCACCCGAUUCGAUACAUUCGCUACCGAGUAUUUAACCUCGAAGAACCUCGAUUUCGUCUUCGUCACUCUUGACGCAUGGGAUCUCCGUGUUCAGCUGCCUCGUGAGGCCCGCGACAAGGCUGUGGUUCUCCCUCCUUACUUGCAGCACUCACGCACUUUCGAUCUCCGCACCGAGUAUCAGCGAUGGCAGCAACACCACCCCGAGUCUCUGCCAUUCGGACCUUCGAUGCUCUCCAACAUUUGCGCCGCGCUCGAGGUUGAGCCCGUUCAGUCGAGUGCUCCGAUUAAGCACAACCUUCCAUUUCACCUCCAGGCUCUUGCCCCUGCCUCGCCACGACGUGCAAUGGAAGAGGCUGUCACUCUUGCCCGAGUCCUCCGGGGGUUGAUUCGUAAGUCGCAACCUCCCCAGGAGCAUCCCGAUGUCUUGACUCGGCCCAUGGAUGCCCGGGCCGAUGUUCGAGCUUUUCUUUCGGAGAGGAGCAAGGUUCUUCACAUGUCGGGACUUCCACACGAUACCACUCAGUCAGAGCUCGAGAGUUGGUUCACUCAGUUCGGUGGUCGACCCAUUGCAUUCUGGACUCUUCGAACCCCUGAACAGCAUAAACCUACUGGUACCGGAUUUGCCGUAUUCUCUUCCCAUGAGGGAGGUAAGUCUAAAAAGCCCCCCACAAGUCUGCGUGCCGCUGAGAGCCUUUGUAUGAAUGGUCGUGCCCUUAAUGAGAAGGCCAUUGAGGUCUCGCCCUCCUCUAGCCGCGUCCUCGACCGUGCUCAGGACAUACUGACUCCUUUCCCUCCUAGCAAGAACCGCCCUAGGCCUGGUGACUGGACCUGUCCAUCUUGCGGGUUCUCCAACUUCCAGCGUCGAACUGCUUGCUUCCGAUGCUCGUUCCCUGCUGUCGGUGCUGGCCCUUCGAACGAUAUGGGUAGCGGCAAUAACAAUUACGGUGGCGGAUAUGGUUACGGACCCCCUGCUAUGAUGCCCCCCCCUCCUCACGGUGGCCACCAUGGGCCUAUGGGUCAUGGCGGUGGUCGUAUGGGCGGUAGCGGUGUGGUACCUUUCCGUGCUGGUGAUUGGAAGUGUGGUAACGAGGUCUGUGGCUACCAUAACUUCGCGAAGAACGUAUGCUGUCUUCGAUGUGGUGCCAGCCGCGCAGGCGCAGCUGUUGUUGCUGAUUCUGGAUACCCUUCUCCCAUGGACAAUGCCUCUCAGUACGGUAUGAACCAAGGAUCCAUGGGAGGUGCUCCAGGACCCGGCCCAUUCGGCUCUGGUACCUCCUUCGGCGGCUCUGGUGGUGGUUAUAACCAACAACACUUUGGAGGCCCGCCCAGCCACUACCUUCCCUCGGGCCUCGGAGGUGGCGCUGCCGCCUAUCCUAGCUCGCUGAACACCCACGGCAGUUUUGGAUCCGGACCUGCUUCCCAUGCGGCUGGCCCUUUCGAUAGUCGUGCUGCUGAGGCUGCGUUCCAGUCAGCCACCAAUGGGCCUGCAUCUGGUGGACCAUCAAACAACUUUUAUAACAAUAACGCCAACAACAACGGUGGCAAUACUGAGAACGACCCCUUUGCUUUCCUCUCCAGCGGCAUUGGAGGGCUUUCAGUUAGUGGAGGAGAUGGCCGCCAGAAUGGUGGUUCUGCCCCUCCUAACAAGUCGCCUGCUUAAACAGUAAAAGACUGUUACAGCCCAUCCGCUGUGUGUUUCCUGGGUCAACCCUCCAUGUAUAUGGACCCGGGUGAUACGUGCCGCUUUGUUUUUUCGCGAAUUUUUCUUUGAUGAUGAACAUAGAUCAUUUGCGACUGCAAACUCUGUGCUAUCAGAUCUAUCAGAGGGAAGGUGGAACGGUGUGUGUAUUGGUUUGGCAGGUCUGGUCGGAGUGACGGAUAAUUGAUUAUAAGGUGGGAUGUGUUACAAAAUUUCAAAGGUUGGGAAGACAAAAGUGACUUGCUUACUUUACUGGGACCAGGGCCUCCUUUCUCUGGUGUUGCCGGUUGAGUCCAUAUGGUACGGACUUUGCUUACUGGGGCCGC